AUGCUUAAAUUUACAAAGGUCAACAAUCCCACACAUGGCAUCACUGGAAAUGAGGCAGUUGUAACCGUUAGUAUUGUUGCCAAGUCACAAUUAGUUGACCCAACUCAUCUACUCAGAACAUCCUUCUACUAUGAGACGACGGAUUUCAAUGGACUAGACAAACUUCUACAAGAAGCAAACGGUGCAUCAAUAUGGAUUCAAUUGACCAAAGGUGGCUCUACACUUACAUUUGACUCUACAAAAAAGGACCUUUGCGACCUACGCUUGACUAAGGACGACUUUUUUCACAACAACUACAUCUACCGAUAUUUGAAAUUCAAGGAACACAAACCAGUCAAACAGUCCGUUCACACUGAGACUUAUUUCACUGCCACUGCUUCAUAUCCUACACCAAAACAGUUCAAGUACGGAAAAGAUCUCAGCGUGCUCAUAGAAAGAGUAUUUUCUGGUGCAUCAAUCAAGGUUUCACUGAAUAGAGAUCUCCAAUCUCUCGCAAAUUUUCGGAACAAUAAUGAUGUCUUAUCAGGGAAUAUUUCACCCAUGUCUGACUUGAGACCUCUUGCUAAAGAUCCAUCAUUAGAGCCACAUGACUUUUACGAAUACUGGAGUCUCCUUCACAUGAAUAAGGUUCCUUACAUCGAACCUAGUGAGUAUGAAAGAGUAACCAGUAUAUAUGAAGUGCCAUACCGUGAUGAUUUUAAAAACAGUGAAGAAGUCGGCAAUGAUCUUUAUUUAAUGUUGAUUAAAAAUGUUCACCCAGAAGUGCUUCAACUGAUUCUCCAACAUCAGGACGUAUUAUCCGUCCUUUACAAUCGAGGCAUAGAUACUGGGCUUAUCACAAAACUUUCAAAUGGAAUCUACAAAUGGGAGAACUAA